AUGUUACAGGGACCAGUGUCAUUUGAGGACGUGACCAUAGACUUCAGCAGGGAGGAGUGGCAGCAUCUGGACCCUGCCCAGAGAAGCCUGUACCAGGAUGUGAUGCUAGAGAUCUAUAGCCACCUUGUCUCCGUGGGGUAUCACAUUCCCAACCCAGAGGUCAUUUUCAGGAUGGAAAAAGAAAAGGAGCUAUGGCUAGGGGAGGAUGAACUUCCACAUCACAGGCAUCAAGGAGGGGAGUUUGGGUUUGAAACCCAACAACAGGAAAUUUCUGAAAAAGCUUCAUUUCAUAAUGAUAUGGCAGGCAAAGUCACAAGAGAUGGUUCUUGGUGUUCUGUUUUAGAAGAACUGUGGAAAGAUGCUGACCAUACAGAGAGAGAUCAGCAAAAUCAAAAUAAACCUUCACAUCCUGGGGCCUUCCUCAACAAGAAAACAUUCAAUACAGAGAAAGACUGUGAAUGUAAGGACCCUGGGGAAAUCAUUCAUGUGAGGCCCCACCUUGUUUCUUCACAAAAAAGACCUCACAAACAUUGUUUGUUUGCAAAAAGUUUGAAGCCUAACCUAGAAGUAAAUCAUCAAAAUCAAAGCAUUAGUACAAAAUACCUUGAUGAGAUUGUUGGAUCUGGUCAGCUAUUCACUCAUAGCUCUUCCAAUGCCAGCUGCAAGAAUAUUCAUACAGGAGAGAACUUCUGUGAAGGUAAUCAGUGUACAAAAGUCCUCAGCCGUAAACAGUCACUCGCACAACAUCAAAUUCAUACUCAGGAAAAACCAGAUAAAUGUACUGAAUGUGGAAGGGACUUCCCCCAGAAGUCACACCUUAGGCAACAGAGAUUCCAUAGUGUAGAAAACCUCCAGGAAUGCAGCAAAUGUGGAAAAGCCUUCACUCCACAACCAAAACUCAGUGUACAUAUGACAGACCCUCCAGGUGACAUACCUUAUAUAUGUAAGGAAUGUGGAAAAGUCUUCAUUCAGAGGUCAGAACUGAUUACACACCAGAAAUUUCACACUAGAAAGAAGCUCCAUAAAUGCCAUGAAUGUGGAAAAGCCUUUUUCCAGAUGUUAUCUCUCUUCAGACAUCAGAGAACUCAUACAAGAGAAAAACUGUACAAAUGCAGUGAAUGUGGCAAAGGCUUCUCCCAGAAUUCGACCCUCAUCAUACAUCGGAAAAUUCAUACCGGUGAGCGGCAGUAUGCAUGCAGCGAAUGUGGGAAGGCCUUCACCCAGAAGUCAACACUUAGCUUGCACCAGAGAAUUCAUUCAGGGGAGAAAUCCUAUGUGUGUAUUGAAUGCGGGCAGGCCUUCAUCCAGAAGGCACAUCUGAUUGUGCAUCAAAGAAGUCACACAGGAGAAAAACCUUAUCAGUGCCGCAGCUGUGGAAAAUCUUUCAUUUCCAAGUCACAGCUCGAUAUACAUCAUCGAAUUCAUACUGGGGAGAAACCUUAUGAAUGUAGUUACUGUGGGAAAACCUUCACCCAAAAGUCACAUCUCAAUAUACACCAGAAAAUUCAUACUGGAGAAAGACACCAUGUAUGCAGUGAAUGUGGGAAAGCCUUCAACCAGAAGUCCAUACUCAGCAUGCAUCAGAGAAUUCACACUGGAGAGAAGCCUUACAAAUGCAGUGACUGUGGGAAAGCCUUCACUUCCAAGUCACAAUUCAAAGAGCAUCAGCGAAUUCACACUGGAGAGAAACCCUACGUAUGCACUGAAUGUGGGAAGGCUUUCAAUGGUAGGUCAAAUUUCCAUAAACAUCAGAUGACUCAUAGUAGAGAAAGAACUUUUGCCUGUUACACAUGUGGGAAUGCCUUCAUUCAGAAAUCAGAGUUGAUUACACAUCAGAGAACUCAUAUUGGAGAGAAACCUUAUGAAUGCUGUGACUGUGGGAAAUCCUUCAGUAAGAAACCACAACUCAAAGUGCAUCAACGAAUUCACACAGGAGAGAGACCCUAUGUAUGUACUAAAUGUGGAAAGGCCUUCAACAACAGGUCAAAUUUUAAUAAACACCAAACAACUCAUACCAGAGACAAAUCUUACAAAAGCAGUUAUUCUGUGGAAGACUUUACCUAGAAAUCAAUACCUAGUAUGCAUUCACGUAUAUAUAAAAGAAACCCUGAAUUUCUGGAAGAAAAAAAUCUCAUGUGUCAGAUUUAAUUGUAUGUUAUAGAAUUCAUGCUUUAGAAAAGCUCUAGGAAUGGAUUGCAUAUCACAGAGUUAAACAUUGUUUUAUGUGAGGAAAAUCACUCAAAAAACUUUUUUUUUUAAGAUUUUUUUUAAAAUUGGGGAGUUGGGGGAGGGGAACAGCGUUGGUGAAU